AUGUCCGGAGAUGUGGACGAGAUGGGCCCUUACCACCUCAACAGACAUGCAGAGGGAGUCUGGUACUUCGAGGUGAAGCUGGGAGGCUCCAGGGCCGGCGAAGUUGCGAAGCAGCUGCCCCCAGGAAGGCCUCACCUGCGAGCCGUGCGGCUAUGUCUUUGCGAGCACCUGGAUCGGGCGGCCGGGGCUUCGGUCGCCUGGCCGCGGCCCGGCUUGCUUUGCGUCUACCUAGCGUUGGCCACAUCCCACGGCACUUCUUCGGCCACCCACUGGCUUCUCCAGGCCCAUGAAGAUGGCAGCUUGGCAGAUGCGGUGAAAGGCUCGCUCCUUCGUUCCGCCCCUCGGGGCUACGAGGUGCUGGAGAUCGAGAGCCUGAGUUUGCCCCUCGUGGUGAAGGACUUCUGGGUCAACGUGGCAGAGGAUGUGCUGGACUUGGGGGUGGAGCUAAGUGGGGCACCGCUUCACGAGGCCUCCAUCGUGCGGGCCUUCCUGGGUGGCCUGGUUUGGGGGCAUGGCCUGCAAGCCCGUGACCUGCUCGUCUGGAUCGAGGGCCGGCCGACCGCCGAGAUGUCCCCCGAGGAGGUGUCGGAGGAGCUGAGAGCAGUUCGGCCUCUUCGCUUGGGCUUCGUGCGCCUGGCCUCUGAAGGCUUCGAGGUGCGUGCGGCGACGCCUGGCACGGUGAGGUCGCCGGGCCCCGAUCUGAACGCGGUCGACCAGGAGCUGCAGGAGCUUCGGGAGCGACGUCAGCACUUGCAGCAGCUGCAGCAGAAGCUUGUGGAGGUGCAGAAGGAUAUCAGCAGAGUUCGCAGCACCACGCUUUUCCAGAUCCGCUUCAGCAACAUGGCGGCUCCCCGCAGACAUUCCCGGGAGCAGGGCUCGCAACUGAAGCUGGACUUGGUGGACCUGGCGGUGUGGGUGCGACACAGGAAGGAUAUCAGCAGGGCUCGCAGCACCACACUUUCCCAGAUCCGCUUCAGCAAUAUGGCGGCUCCCCGCAGACAUUCCCGGGAGCAGGGCUCGCAACUGAAGCUGGACUUGGUGGACCUGGCGGUGUGGGUGCGACACAGGAAGCAUAUCAGCAGGGCUCGCAGCACCACACUUUCCCAGAUCCGCUUCAGCAAUAUGGCGGCUCCCCGCAGACAUUCCCGGGAGCAGGGCUCGCAACUGAAGCUGGACUUGGUGGACCUGGCGGUGUGGGUGCGACAUCCGCAAUGGAAGGAUAUCAGCAGAGUUCGCAGCACCACGCUUUUCCAGAUCCGCUUCAGCAACAUGGCGGCUCCCCGCAUACAUUCCCUGGAGCAGGGCUCGCAACUGAAGCUGGACUUGGUGGACCUGGCGGUGUGGGUGCGCCCGCAGCCCCUGUCGCAGGAAGGACAUCAGCAGGGCUCGCAGCACCACACUUUCCCAGAUCCGCUUCAGCAACAUGGCGGCUCCCCGCAGACAUUCCCGGGAGCAGGGCUCGCAACUGAAGCUGGACUGGGUGGACCUGGCGGUGUGGGUGCGACACAGGUCGGGCCCGGCCAAUCCGAUCCCGGAAGCUUUCUCGGGGGUCUGGACGCCGGAUCCGCUGCUUUGGUCCAGGGCUCUCAUGAAGCCAUGGAGGCCUUGAGAAGCCAAGCUGAAGGGUUGGGGGUGGAGGUGCUUCAAGGCUCUGCUGAGGGCAGCACCUUGGAGGAGGUCGCGGAGCUGCAGAAGCCUGGGGAGGAGCGGGAGGAGCAGGCGCUGGAGUCGAAGGAGCCAGGGCCUGCGGAGAGCUCCGAAGCUGAGUUGAGGGCCAUGUGCGAGAAGCAGGAGCAGGAGGUGUUGCUGCCUGCCCUGGCCCAGGCCAAAGCGGAGUCAGAAGAAGCCGCAGCGCGUGGCUUCUACGCCCGAGAGGCGGCGAUGGAGGAGGUGGCGGGGCAGCUGCAAGAGGUCCGUGAGGAGAAGGCGCAAGCCGCGGCAGCCUCCGAGGAGGCGGAAGCUCGCACCUGGAUGCGUGAGGCCGAGUUGCAGGCGCGCUACGACACUCAGGAGGAGGAAGUGCUGCUCCCUGCCAUAGCCGCAGCCAGAGCUGAGAAGGAGGAAGCUGCAGCACGUGGGUUCUAUGCACGGGAGGCUGCAAUGGAGGAGGUGGCCACGGAACUGCAGAGGAUCCGGGAAGAGCAGACCCAAGCGGCAGUAGCUUCAGACGAGGCGGAAGAGAAGCUGGAAAUGGCCAAGGCCAGGGAAAAAGUAACCGGAGAGUGCGAAGAGGCGGCAGCAAAGGAGGUGAAGAAUUGGGAGGAGUUGCUUCAGCAGCGCGAGAAAGAGAUCCUGUCCCAGAGUGAGAUGCGUGAUCGGGAACGUGAGGCCGAGUUGCAAGCCCGGUACGAGAAGAAGGAGAGGGAGGUUUUGCUCCCUGCCGUGGCCGCGGCCAAAGCUGAGUCAGAAGAAGCCGCAGCACGUGGCUUCUAUGCCCGAGAGGCAGCGAUGGAGGAGGUGGCAGGCGAGCUCCGUAAGUUCCGGGAAGAGCAGAGCCACGCCAUCCUGACCCGUGAGGAGGCGCAGGAAGCGAUUGCCAAGGCCGUCCGCCAAGAGAGCCUCACGCGCCAAAUGGAGAACCAGGCGGCGUUGGAGGUGUCGAAGUGGGAAGCUGAGCUGGCGGCGCGGGAGCAGAGUCUCCGAAGUCAGCAGCAGCACCGAGAGCGGGAGUACUUGGGAGAGGCAAAGACAGAGCAGCAGCUGGCCUCCGCCCUUCGAGUGCGGGAGUUGGCCCUGAGUGCCGGCGAGGAGGACCUGCGUGCCAAGCUGCGCAGCCGGGAGCACGUGAUCUUGCAGGAGCAGCGCGAGAUGGAGGGCCUGGAGCGGCGCGCUGAGGAGAUGAUGGCCUUGGCCCAGAAACGGCGCCAGCAGCUGCUGGUGGAGGAGCAGAAGGAGGCGGAAGCCCUGGAGCUGAGGGCCCGGGAGCAGGCGCGGGAGCUCCUGGCCCGCGCGGAGGCGCAGCGCGACGCGCUGCAGGGCGAGGCCCGGAGCGAGGCGCAGCAGGGCCUGGAGGCUGCCGAGCAGCGCGCCCAGGAGCUGCUGCAGGGCGCGGAGGAGCGGCGGGAGCAGGUGGUGCUGGAGGAGCAGAGGGAGUUGGAAGCCAUGGAGAAGCAAGUCGAGGAGCUGACGGCGGAGAAGCAUGCGCAGGCUGUGUUCCUUGCUGGCAAGAUCUGGAAGGCAGAUCUUCGUGGCCUGGGACGGUCGUGCAUCCGGUUCUGCCUUCCCGACGGUGGCUCCCCCAUCCCUGCGCCAGCCGCCGCGGGCCUCGACCCGGAUGAAGCAGGCGCCGUCUCGUCUGCCCUCUACACCAUGCGGCAGGACUGCGAGGAUGUGGCGGAUGCGUAUGUCAUGGAGACCGUGCUGCAGGCCUUCCCCAAGCCAGACGGCCCAAGAUUGGGCCUCAUCGUGGUGCUCCAUUUCUGCACGGAGCUCGGGCCGCAGGGGCCCAGCACAGGGGAGGACGUUCUGGCGUCGCUGGAGUCCAUGGAGGAGGGCGUCCUCCAGACCCGGCGAUCUUUGCGGCUGGUUCGGUCCGCCCAUGGACUCGUGAGCUCAGGUGGCGCCUUGGUCUUCAUCCUCCCUGACAAGGAGGCGGACAGCAGGCUACAGUCCCUUUACGCGGCGGCGCAGAAGACUUCGCGCAUCGUCGACCAGAAUCCCUUGAAGCAGGAGGAUGGCUCCCCGUGUACCUUCGCGCUGCAGUGCUGCGACGAGGGGCCCCGGGUGAGCGCGAAGCUGAUCUUCGCUUGGCUCCAGGAGCUCGGAAGGACGCCCGCUGCAAGCUGGGCUUUGCUGGGAGCAGGCUCUGUGGUGAGCCUGGAGCCUCGGUAG